AAUAAAACUUCAAUAAAACAACAACUCGUGUAAAGUGUGGAAACAAAACACGUGUUUUCUGUGUUUUGUAUUUAUAUUUAAAUUUGAAGACAUGGUUCGUGUGAAGCGUCGCUAUCUAUGCUUUGAAGUGGUGCCGAAUGGUGGGGACCACAACUUGACUACUGGUUAUCGUAAGCUAGAUAUCACCGAACGACAGGUUCGCGACACUGUUCGCCAGACAAUUGCCGACAUUUACGGUGACUACGGAUUGGCAUCGGUUCAGCUGUCGUUUAGUCUAAAACGAUUCAAUCAGACGACACGGACCGGUGUGUUGGCCAUUAAACGAUCGGUUCAUACCAUACUGUUAACGGCACUGCCGUUUGUCAAACGUAUCAAUCAGUUGGACUGUUUUCUGAAGAGUAUUCAUCUGUCGGGAACUAUCAGAGGCUGUCUGAAGGCGCUCGCCGUUCAUCACAACAAACAGAUCGUCAAAUUGAGAGGACAGUUGUCGAAGACGACAAGUUCAUCAUUAUUAUCAUCGGUAGCCAAUCAGCGGCUGAUCAGCGAUAUCGAGAGCGCUCACAAAGAUAUCGAGACCUCGCUUUUGGUCCAUCGGAUAGCAUAUCAACCGUCGUCUUCGGCGGCAACUGAGGACAACAUUGAUGGCUAAAAAUAU